AUUCCCUUUAGGCUGUCAGGCGCAGAGAGAGAGAGAGAGAGAGAGAGAGAGAGAUGGGUAGAGCUCCAUGUUGUGACAAGGCUAACGUGAAGAAGGGGCCAUGGUCUGCUGAGGAGGAUGCUGAGCUUAAGGCUUACAUUGAAGAGCAUGGAACUGGUGGAAAUUGGAUUGCACUGCCUCACAAGAUUGGAUUGAAGAGGUGUGGCAAAAGCUGCAGACUGAGGUGGCUAAAUUAUCUAAGGCCAAACAUCAAACAUGGUGGUUUUACAGAAGAAGAAGACCAGAUCAUCUGUAGCCUCUACAUAAGUAUAGGGAGCAGGUGGUCAAUAAUCGCCGCCCAGCUACCAGGAAGAACAGAUAACGAUAUCAAGAAUUACUGGAACACAAAGCUGAAGAAGAGGCUACUCGGCAAGCGAAAGGAAUCGUCCCGAUCGCACCGCCUCCACCUUAAACAAGCUCUUGAUGAGGAAGGCGAUGGGACGAACCAUGACACGCAUUCUCAGGCCCUAAGUGCAUCAGCUCUUGAGAGAAUGCAACUCCAGAUGCAGCUCCAAGGCCUCUGCAACGUUCCCUUCUCGUUCUACAACCCCCCUGCUCUGUGGCCCAAGUACCAUCCACUAGGAGAUAGGGUUUUCCAAACCCAGCUGACGGAUGCCAGUGUUGCCACCCAUGAGACUGCGAUCGACUCGGCACAACAGGUUGUUUUCCCGAUGAAGCCUGAGACACCAAAGUCGAUCGGUGCAAACAUGCAACGAGAACUGGACUGCUCAGCACUAGGGUUUCAGUCACCUUCGAGUGGGGGUACUCUCAGCAUGCAAGCUUGUGUCGCCGCAGGUGUUCAAGCCGAUCUCCACAGCUUGCUCUACUGCAAGAGCACAUCCAGUGUCGGCGAUGUGGAGCAUCAACAGCUUCCAGACUUAGACUGUUACAAAGAAAUAUAUGGCGAAAAGGAGAGUUCAGAUUGGUGGACGACGACUGGCUUCGAGGAUAAGUUGCUGAUGGGACCUUGGGACUCAGCUUCUGCUCUCCAUUCCGAUCCAAUGAUUCCAGACUAUGCACCACGCUACGAAGAUCUAUAAACAUUGUCGGUGUUGUUAUUGUUGUAAUUUUAGAGUUACGUUCAUGUGUUUCCACAUGAUCA